AUGGGGAACGUGGAUUUACGAGCCAUGCAAAAGCAACAUCUUAAGCUAAACAGUCAAACCGAAUUUUCAAAUUCGGAUUCCAUUAAUUUAACUGAUUCGCUAUUUCUUAAUGUACAACAUUUUAUUCGAAAUAGUAUCGAUGACAUAGAUCAGGAAUCGAUACCUCAGAGGCAGUGUUUUGGAUUAGACAGUCACAUGCAACAGAUGUCUGAGGACGUGUUAGGAAUUCCUUUCAUUGUUGUAAAAGUGGAUUUACGAUCUUCAUCUCCAUUUAUUCGUUUCGCUUUGCUUGCUGCAGUAAUUUGUAUUAAAAAUUCUAUGCAAAUCGAACCCGAAAGUUUAUCAUCGGGAACACUUCAUUUGCUCAAAAUGUGA